GGCUGCUUAUGAUAGUGGUGGGUCCAAAGAAAUGAAUGGGGAGAUAGCAUGCAAAAAUCCAAAACUACCAGGAUGCAGUUUAUACUUAACCCAUCAUCAGGGACGGACUGACAACUCACGGGGCCCCCGGGCAAUAGGGAAUCAUGGGGCCCCUGUGUCCUUCCCUCACUCAAACCACACCCAAAAAAGCCUUUGAAAGGUACCAGGGGCAUUUUAUGGGGCCCCCUAUUGACCCCGGACCCUCGGGCAGUGCCCGAGUUUCCAAAUG